AUGUCCUCAUUAGAGUCAUCAUCAUCAUCACCAGAUAAGAAAAAUGAAGCUAAUGAAGCUGAAUUAGAAAUUGGUGACGUGAUUGAAUCUAAAAUUGAUUCGCAACAACAGGAAAAUGACGUUAUGGGGGAGAUAUUAAAGGGUUUAACUGAACAAACUGAAAUAUUGAAAAGAGUGGAGAUACAGAAUCAACAAUUGAUUAAAAUUAAUAAUGUCAAUACUCAAAGGUUACACCGGGAUAUAACUAAUGUUGCAUCAAAAAUUAGUACCAUAUCUGGUUUUAUGUAUUUUUUUGUUUUUGUUGGUUAUAUGGCGUUUCUCUAUCUCUCGCCAUGGAUUAAGAAAUUGAGAGAAGAGAAGGAAUCUGUGGAACAAAAUCCUUGA